AUGGCGGAGCACCUUGCGUCCAUAUUCGGAACGGAGAAGGAUCGGGUGAACUGCCCUUUCUACUUCAAGAUCGGCGCGUGCAGACACGGGGACCGCUGCUCACGCCUCCACACGAAGCCCAGUAUUAGCCCUACCCUCUUGCUCUCCAACAUGUACCAGCGCCCGGACAUGAUUACACCCGGCGUCGACCCUCAGGGCCAACCCAUCGAUCCCAAAAAGAUGCAGGAGCACUUCGAGGAUUUUUACGAAGAUCUGUUUGAGGAACUGAGCAAGUAUGGUGAGAUUGAAAGCCUGAAUAUUUGCGACAAUCUGGCAGAUCAUAUGGUUGGCAAUGUCUAUGUGCAGUUCAGAGAGGAAGAGCAUGCCGCAAAUGCUCUGAAGAAUCUGACUGGAAGAUUUUACGCAGGACGACCAAUCAUCGUCGACUUCUCUCCGGUGACGGAUUUCCGUGAGGCCACCUGUCGGCAAUACGAGGAGGAUGCCUGCAACCGUGGUGGGUACUGUAACUUCAUGCAUCUGAAAAGAAUUAGCAGAGAGUUGAGGCGCCAAUUGUUCGGGAGGCACAGGAGAAGGCACAGCCGGAGCAGAAGCAGAAGUCCCUAUAGGCACAAAAGCUAUGAAGAGCGGUCACACAGCAGCCGGGGUCAUGGCAGAAGGCACGAUGAUCGGGACUAUCAUGAGAGUCGGAGCAGGAGGCACAGGAGCACGAGCCCGAGCCGGAGAAGGGGAAGGAGUCGGAGCCCAGGAGGAAGAAGGAACCGUAGUCCGGUUAGGGAGGGAAGUGAAGAGAGACGAGCUAAAAUUGAGCAGUGGAACAGGGAGAAGGAGGAAGCCGAACGUGCCAGCAAAGUGGAGGUUGGCGGUGGUCGUGAUGAUGAGCAUGCUGAGCAGAAUGGAAAUGGGUAUUAG